CUCUCUUUCUCUCGUCUUCUGUAUAGUAUCAUGGAUUCCAUACUUAUCUGGAAUCACAAAUCCCAUAAACUCUAGGUUAAACUAGAUUUCUUAUUUUCAUACCAAAAAUCUCAGAGCAAAAUUUUUAAAAAAAUCCUGUUUCUUUGUUCUUAUUCCAGUAUCAUCCUUGUUCUCUAAGUAAUAAUUCAAAGACAACCUUAAUUUUUCACUUGUUUUUCAAGCAGUUGUCAGAACCAUAAAAAGAAACCCGGAAAAAAGAUCAAUUUUGUCUCUUGUUUUGUAAUUUUAUUGUCUGGGUAUUAUGCAUAGAUCUGGAACAACUAUGGCUUGGAACGUGUUCAAGUUUUGUACGGUCCUGAGAGGCCUUGGCUCGAUCAUGAUCCUGUUGGUUUUAGGGGUCGUCGGUGUCACUUAUUACGCCGUCGUUUUCACCAAUUACGGACCUGCUUUGUUCGAUGGUGGCCUUCACUCGUUCAUUGCUGUUGUUGUAUUGAUCUUAUUUCAUUUCUUGUUGGUUUUGCUGUUAUGGAGUUACUUCACUGUCGUUUUGACUGAUUCCGGUACUGUGCCGCCUAACUGGAAACCGGCUUCGGAUGAGGAAAGAGGGGAGGUUGACCCAUUGAAUGAGUCGGAGUUUGACGGUUUGCAGCCGGACCUGUCAAGUCAAAGGAUUCGAUAUUGUUGGAAGUGCAACCAGUUUAAACCACCUCGUUGCCAUCAUUGUUCUGUUUGUGGGCGGUGUGUGCUAAAGAUGGACCAUCAUUGUGUAUGGGUUGUCAAUUGUGUUGGUGCAUUGAAUUAUAAGUAUUUCCUUCUGUUCUUGUUCUACACAUUCCUCGAGACAAGUCUUGUGACGUUGGCCUUAUUCUCUCAUUUCUUAGCAUUCUUUAGCGAUGAAGAAAUUCCCGGAACUACUGCCACCCUUGCUACAACUUUUCUGUCCUUCGUUUUGAAUCUGGCGUUUGCAUUGAGUGUCUUUGGGUUUUUGAUCAUGCACGUAUCUUUGGUGUCCGCUAACACCACAACUAUUGAGGCAUAUGAGAAGAAAACUACUCCGAAAUGGCGUUAUGACCUAGGCCGAAAGAAAAAUUUUGAACAGGUGUUUGGAACAGACAAGCGAUACUGGUUCAUUCCAGCUUACUCGGACGAGGAUUUACGACGAAUUCCAGCACUUCAGGGUCUCGAAUUCCCAUCGAACCCUGAUUUUGAUUCCGAGGAGUUCUAAAAAGUCCACAACCGGGAAACUUGGAUAAAUUUUCUUGUAAUUUUAGAUACAGGAAGCCCUCCGACAUUGCUUCCUUGUUUUUGUACAGGUAUUCCGGCUCUAACUGUUCGUUUUCAUGUGACAUUUGUACAUGCUGACUGAAAAUAUAGAAGAAAAUGGUUUUGUAUUUCAAA